AAAUUACCGCGGAAAUACGGCGGAAGAGAACAUUCGACUGCAAUAGUUUCCUAGAAGAGAGAAGAUUCAGUGGUAUGGUUGAGGAUCACACGAGAAAACAAGGAAUUUUAGCAACCGUAUUUUCUUCUUCGGAGCCUUUAACGGGAAGACCUGAGUAACGGAAAUAAUACACUUUGACAAACAUGGACCACUUAAUAAUUGUCGAAUGGAACCAAUUACUACACGCAUAAAAGAAGGAAAAUGAACAAUUGCUUCACUGUAAAAGUUUUCAUAUUGUGUAUGUUUCUUGGAGCAAUUUUUGAUGGGUCUUCGAGUAGUGGAAGAAAAGGUAAGGGUCUUUAUUAUCUUCCGCAUACACUUGUAAGAUUUCUCAGGGCAGGACACAUGUGUUGCACUGCUAUUGAACUAAAUGAAUGAAUUAUUUAAGAAGUUAAAUGUAGGCUGAAGACAGUUAUUCAUUGCCGUACAGCAUCGAAAUGCGUUUAUGAAGGAAGGUUUUUCCCUUUCAUAAUUUGUUCAUCUUUUAUCAUAAUUGAGGUUUAUCGCGCAAAACAGAUUUUUACGAAAAAUUAAUACGUGCAUAUGUUAAUAGAUUUUGAAUUGUUGUUAAAUAUGGAAAGCAUUCACAGAUACAAUGGCCCUUUCCUCUAGUUGAAACUUACAAAGGAAUUACGUGCCGAGGAUAGUCUGCACAGAUUUAAGACAAAAAUUAGGAGAACAGCAAGACCUGACUGUUUUAAUUGAGGAUGGCUGUAGAAAAUAAUUAACUUUGAGACCCUACAUGUAUGUUUAUUACUAAGCAAAAUUUAUCUUGUUAUCAUAUACGUAGACACUUUGUUACGUGUUAAUAGGUCUUAGAUGUUCAACUUCAUAGCUUUUACUAUUUGCAUUACUACAUGACAUGUUUUGCCACCAAACAUUCAAAGGUUGGAGUAGCUGUUGUCGACUUGAUUUGUUUUUGCGCAGCAAAACAUUCUUUGCAAAAAUUUUUAGAUGUUAAGAAUAAUUUCUGGAGUCAAGUGUGCUGUUUCUGAGCAAGAAAUAUACAUGAACCUUAUAGCUGACAAAAACGAAGUAUGAGCAAAAUGCACUGAACAAAAACAUAUGAAAAACUUACCUUUGGCACGACAGUUUGCUUUAACAGCUGUCAAACUUCAAAUGUUUGGUGGCAAAACAGUCAUGUCAUACCUGGCACCCUAUUAGAACAUGUUUUUUUUGUCCUGUGUUCAUGCUUAGAUGCAACAGACGGUAUUUUAAUGUAAUUAUUUUAACACUAUUUUAAUGUUUGAUUUUUAUCUUUUAUUUGUGUCACCAAUUAGUGCCUGACACAUUGAUCAAAUUCACUACUACUACUACUACUACUACUACUACAUUACUACCUACUAUUUAGCAGUCUGUUAGAUGUGGUGAUAACAUUAUCAGAUAGGGGAGGUCUUAAAAAUAGGUAGGGUUUUGUAGCCUGUUCCAGGCGCUCAGGAAGUGGAGAGUGGCACAAUUAAAACAGCAGAAGAAAAAGCUAAACAGAAGAGAGUGAGAGAGGAGGGAAUGCCUGUGAAAUUGGUCUUCAAAGACUCAUUCUGCCAUCGGCUUAUAAUCCGAGCUUAGGUUUUGUUCGUUUUUUGUCUUAAAAGUUGUCAAUCAAGCAACAGGUGACAGACCACACUAUUUACUGGAAUAUUCAAAAUAUGUAUUUUAGCAAAAAAACAGUUCUUCUCAUUUGGAUUCUAUAAUCGAUUUUUGUAUCUUUUAUACAAUUAACCUUUUUCUGAUUAUAAAACAAAAGUUGUUAUACUAUCACAGGGCAAAUUUAUAACAGAGCGUAUCAUGCCACUGGUUUAUUUGACAUACCUUUUCAUUCAUAACACUGGCUGUUGAAAUAUUCAGGUAAAAAUUUGUUGACAAUAAACAAUCUUGUACUUUCUGCUCUUCUGAAUUCACAAUCAAUUCAUCCAUGCUUUCUCUACUGCUGUAGAAACUCCAACUCUUGUGAACGAUUGUGGUUGAGUAACCAUAUUCAUAUACCUUAAAAAAUCGGUCAGUGUAAAACGCAGACUGCGGACUGCAGACUGCAGACUGCGGACCAGGGUAAAAUGCAGACUGAGUGUAAAAUGCAGACUGCAGACUAAGAGUAAAAGGCAGGCUGGGGUACAAUGCAGACCGAGCAUAAACUGUAGUCGUGGAAGAGUUUAAGGGCAAAAAAAUCCCGCAAAUACAUGUGAACGAACACUUACUUGACGACAUCUGCUUUCACAAAUCCAUUCCUUUCUUCUCUGGAACGUCAUCGACGACCCGAAAACAUAAUCGCAAUCUUGAACCUUUUUCCUGUCCGAGAGACUUCACACUUCAACUUUAGAUGCGAAGUUUUCGAUAUACGUGACCAGGGACCGUGAACUGAUACAACACCACGAUGUUUAUGCUUAAAUGAAAGCUGCUGACCCAAAGUACUGUACAGGAAGAAUUAUGGCGAUAAAAAAGGGAGUAAUUCAUUCCAAAAACAAAUAAAGAUGUUGUGCAGGAAAUUUGGAUGACCUUUUAGGAAAGUAUUGCAAAUCAAGGUACACAGACUUAAGCUGUUCAGAUGUUCAUUGAAACUUCAGGCGAAUGUGUAAUGCACUUCGACUAGGAAGCGAAGAGUGUAACUGAUACCGGCUAGCUAUUUCACCGAUUUGGAGAAGAAGGAGCACAAAUGUUUAAAAAAGUUUACAGUCUUUAUUCUGCAUUUUGCACCCAGCCUGCGUUUUACUCUCAGUCUGCAGUCUGCAUUUUACACUCAGUCUGCAUUUUACCCCUGGUCCACAGUCUGCAGUCUGCAGUCCGCAGUCUGCGUUUUACACUGACGGCUUAAAAAAUCUUUUUUGAUACUGGGCUCACUGUGGUGUUUUCCUUUCAUUGUGAGCUUACUUUUUAACCUUAAGAGAACUGAAAGAGCAAUACAGGUUGAUGACAAUUGCAAAGCCAUACUAACUGUCCACUGACAAGAUUCUGCGUCAAAGUGAUGUGUUGAAGACAAACAGUACUGAUGUGUGAUCGUAUCACUGUAGUGUCACAUCACAUUUAUUUUAACCAAUCAAGGUGAUGGACAUCUGAGCGUUGACAAAUGCUGUCAAAAUAAACCAAUCAGGGUAUACCACUCCAGAAUCUAGUACUGAUACCAGCAUAAAUAUACCAGAACAAGUUUUACAGGCGUUUUUUCACUCUCUGUCUCUCUCUUCCUUCUCCCAACCCCUCACAUUUUUUUCCUGUUAGGUUCCUGUUCACGGUUCCUGUUCACAUUUCUUUACCUGAAUGCUAGGAACAUGCUGAGCGUUGCAAUGCAUUUGGGACAUUACGCUGUAUGGCCGGGAGAAUAAUCUCAUCAUCUUUAUCGUUAUCAUCAUCAUCAUCAUCAUCAUAAUUAUCCUUUGUUAGUAACCAGGGUUCUCAAUAAGAGCCGAUUUCACCGCCUAUUUCACAUGAACUCACCACCUACUUUUCUGUGGAAAUUAACCCCCAAAAAGCCAAAAUUUAAUGAUGUCUGCAUUCUGUUCAAGCACUCAAAUUUUUGCUCCAGAGUGCUGGAAAUGCACUCUAAGAGGCCCAGAUUUCAAAACUUUUCUAAGAGGCAAGCCAUUAGACCCCCCUGGUACACUGUAACUCACUCUUUCCACGCUCGCAAGUCGCGCCUGUGGUGAGAGUUUUUUCCUUCUCUGCUGACUCAAAAGCUUUUGCCAGCUACUUAAAACCUUGAAGAUCCUGUUUUAACACAUAAAUAUUAAAAGCACAAUGCUUGUGGGAUCUUUGAGUUACCCUGAGAGAAGUACUGAAUUUAUCUGGCCUUGAUGUUUAGAACAUAAUUUAGCUUAGCUAAUCUAACCCCCAUCAUUGUGUCAAUUAUUAUUCAGAAUAAUUAUAAUUAUUGUAACAUAUGUAAGAGAUACCAUCUUAGGAAACAUUUGAAGCUUAACGUCCCAUGCUUUAUAAUUGUGACGAACAUUGCUAAAACAAGGGGCAAUUAAGUUUGGAAUGUCACUUUUGUACCUGAACUUUUUCACUUGGUCCACAAUAUUAAGAAGUACUUAAUUAUCGCAAAAAAUUCAAAGGCACUUGUGUAGAGGUUGCUGUAUUGUAGGGGUUUCAGCAACAUAUGUGUUGUACUGAUGGCUAUGACAACAGGUUUUUCCUGGUCAAUAGUAUUUUCUAGUGCAUAUUUGUGGCUGUUAGUACAAAGCUGCAGAUCGUAGACAGCCAUCAACUGGAAUGUCCAACUAAAAUGUGUCCAUUUUGGGAUUAAAUUCUCCAUUUGAUUAAACAUGAUAACCAGAAACUCAAACCAAAUACUGAAGACUAUCAUUUUGAAGCUAAAAAAAUACAUGGUUCAGAAAUAAAAGAAAUUAGUAGCCAACAAAAUAAUAUAUCAUUAAUAUUUUUUGUUUGCCUUAUAACUUUUGUGGUUUGUCCAACUAAAAUAGCGACCUGGUCAGACACAUCCUUUUUGAACAAAAAUAGACCAUUCCAGAGGCUGUUCCAGAGUUCCAAAGUCUUUCACUUUCAAAAAAUGAGUUUUAUUUGCAUGAGAAUGAAAAAGCUGAAAACUUAGGGCACUUUCCAUUUAUCAGAACUGACCAGUCAGACCAUUCCCGUCACAGUAAAUAAUUUCUCUUCUGAUCAAAACUAUCCAGCCAGAUCAGUCAAAUACUAAUUAGCAUGCACAAAGGAGAUGGUUUUUUUUAGCAAAAACUCUUUGAAAAAGCCUGUUUCAUUUUCAAACUGACUGGUCCGGCAAUGGUCUGGCCGGCCAGUUCUGAAAAAUGGAAAGCGCCCUUAGGGUAACUUUGAAACAGAGGUUUUGUGCACGUGGGAAAUGUUUUCAACCCUUUGGGACUGGCACUAAGUGUCCUUCUAACAGUGAUGUCCGUCUUUUAGAGAGUCAAGUAAAGUGAUUAAAGAAAGGCAGGGACUGACUCGGUUUCUGUGUUACUGAGGUGUCCAUUGAGAGAGAGUCCACUUUAUUAUAUAGACACGAGUGUUUUACUGGAAAAUAUACCACUCGUAAAAUUCAUAAAAACUACAUCUUGGACCCAAGUGGUUUAUUUUCCAUAAUCUCACACGUGAGCUUAUCGAUGACGUAAUUUUGGUCAUUUCCCUCUAUUAUUUUAUCGAUGUCUUUUUGUCUAUAUAAUAAAAAGAACAUUACACAGUGGCGCGAAGAUAUGAAUUUUAUUUUCUUGUUGCAAAAACAAUAUUUUACUCACUCGCUGCGGUCGUUCGUAAAAUAUUGUUUUGCCACUCGAAAAUAAAAUUCAUAUCUUCGCGCCACCGUGUAAUAUCUUCUAUGUAUACAGUGCAGUUGAGGGUGAAAAAUGAAAUCUAAUGUGGGAAGUGUCAUCAAUACCAUGAAGAAUCUGACUCCUCAGUCAUCAUAAUAAUCUAAAUCACCAUGACAACCUGAUCAGUGAACUUUUAAAAUGCAAUUGCAACUUGAAAAGUUAAGUUUUCAGUGGUGUGGUUUUGUUCUUCUCAGGUCCAAGCUCACCACGGAAUUUAAGAAGAAGUGUUGUUGGCCCUCUGGAUAAAAGGAAGCAUUAUGUUUAUUGGACAGCAUCACAAGAGACUUACGGUUCAGCUGUCAACUACUCUGUGGAACUUUGUAUAAAUGACUCUAUAGAUGCAGACAAUAAUUCCUGCAAAUGGAGUCGUAACUCUCUAUGCCAACCCAGAAACAUAUUAAGUGCCAUUGAAGAAUUUUCUUGCGUUUUGGAAAAAAAAGACUUCUUCUCAUACACUGGUGAAUAUUGUAACUAUACUAUUUGUGUGGUAGCCUCAAAUGAAGUUGGGACUGCUAAAAGCUGCAUUUUUGCACCAUGGGUUGCCAGUGGAUUAGGUAAGGCAAUAAUUAUAAUACAGUGAAACCUGUAUUAAGCAGGCAAAAUAUUAAGCAGACACCCUGUAUGAUAAGUGCACCAAUAGCUGUAUGUGUCAAACGUUUCUUCUCGAAUUUUAAGUAAGCAAACCUGUAUUAAAUGGACAUCACUUUUAAGCAAACACCAGCAAGGUACCCUCUUACAGGAAUGAGGUUUUACUAAACUGUUGUUAGUAGGGGAGGACAGGGGGCUGGCAGUUUGGGAGAAUCUAAGGUCAGGAGGGGUGUGGGAGGUAGGAGAUGAGAGGAAAGGGUGAGAUGUGGAAGUUCUAAACUUGUGGGAAGCAGGAGAAAUGGGGUGGGCUAGCACAGUCCUUAGUAUUUUGUGGUUGAAAGAGGGUUUAAGGGAGGAAUCAUGGGAAGGGGCGGGAUCCAGGAAUACAAGGUAUGUACUGAAGGAAGGUGGUUUGGAUCUCCCUGAUCCCCUUCCCCUCUAAAGGGUUUAUUAUACUUUUCAUUUUCCAAGGCUUUUAAGACGGAACAGAAAUAUUGUGUAGCAUUUUUGUUUAAAUUUAGUAUCAGUGCAAGAGCCACAGAUUCUGCAAGCUACAUGUAGAUUGUGUGAUCCUAGUGUUCUAAGUGACUUGUGCUUUAACCCUUCCAAUAGUGACUAACAGCAAUUUUCUCCUAACGAUAUCCAUACAUUGUCAUGAGAUGAGGUUAUGAGAAUUAGUAAAAUGAUCACCUAAGAGAAAAUACUUUGAUCUUUUGUCAAAUUCUCUUAUCUAAUUCUUAAAGGAAAUGUAUAGAGAUCAGUUUGGAGAAUUUGUAUGUGGAUAUUGGGGCUUAAAGGGUUAACAGUCCGGAAUAUCCCUAAAUUUAAGGACAGGACCAGCUGGUCACGCGACACUUUUCAACCAAUGAGAAGGCGCGCUUGUGUUUAUCAACAAACAAAUCAAAACAUCGCCCCAGUGCUCAAAAAUUUUCAAAACAACGGACGGAGUCGACGGACAGAAUUACCGUACCGUACCGUACCUUACCGUACUCGUCUAGGUUUCACAUUUAAUAUUUCAAAGAAAACAUUUCAUGUAAGAGAAUCAGAACAUUAUUCAUUGCAAGGAAUCAUUGGGGUGUUCGAACUGUUUCCGGUCGUGGCUUCACUAGCAUGGCUUGCAAGAUUUUUUAUAGAAACAAAAUGGUCCCGUGUAAAAAUAGCCUUAUAGAGAGUGUGAAAAUUUGUUGAGAUCAUACAAAACAGGAUCGGUACUACCUAUUAGCUUCUACAGGACAAGAGUCAAAGAACCAGUCGUCAUAACAAGAAUAAAAAGUAGUUCAAAUUUAUUAAUUUUUGUUGUUUGUUUUUUGGUGUUGUUUCGUGUUGACUUCACGCAUCUGGUGCUUUCCUUGCUUGCUGUAGUACCUGCAAUGUUUUAAUUUGAUCCCAGAUUCAGUGCAUGUUCAAUGACUAGCGAAAUACAUCAUUUACACUUGAAAUUUGCCUUCUUUCUUUGAUUGUUUUUUAACGGUGGAUGAACAUUUGGAGAAUCCAGCAACAUUUAGAAUUUCAGAAACAAAGCCGUUAGUAUCUACCUUGCGCUUAUGAUCUUCAAUUUCGGCAAAGUGAGGCGAGAUGUUGGACGUGAAUAUCCAUAAGACUAAUAAAGUUGUUUUGGCCCUGAAAAGAAAAAAGGCAAAGGCUCGUACUAAUGCGAAAAAAAGUAAUAACACGGCUCUGUGAGAAACCCGGGAAUGGAAAACGUACAUGAUUUGGACCUCGGAAUUCAAAACUGGUCUACCAAAAUUCUAGGUUGUCUACCAUCCCCACAUUCAACAUGAUAAAAGUUAAUCGAUAUGACAAUCAAGGACAAAUAUCUAGAACUUCGUAAAAAAAAAUCUGUGAAUCGAAAAAAUAAUAGAGACUUGUCCACCUACCUUGAAAACCGACCAAAAUCUCGCCCAUACAUCGCGUUGUUUAAAAGAAGAAAUAAGCCACAAAAUGUGCUGAAUAUUUCACGAGACACUUCCAAUAUGGCUUCCGAUACGCUGUCCACUUAAAAAAAUUGUGUAUGCCUCAUGAAAAGUCUUAAAAAUAUGCCUGAGAGCCUCGAAACGAUGACUGAUUUUGUCCGACUCCGUCCGCUGUUUUGAAAAUAUUUGAUCACAGCAGCGAUGUUUGAUCAUGUUUUGAUUUGUUUGUUGAUAAACACAAGCGCGCCUUCUCAUUGGUUGAAAAGUGUUGCAUGACCAGUUGGCCCUGUCCUUAAAUUUAGGGAUAUUCCGGACUGGUUAAACGAAUUUUAGAGCUGUGGCUCAUACACAACUGAAGAUGAUUGACUGAAGAAUCGUGAUUUUUUUGGCCAGCUCACAGCUCUUACAAGGGCUCACAUGAUUGGCUAAGGCAACAGUAAACAAACAACCUAAAGAACCAGUAACAGUGGACCCUUGCCUGAAAACAAUAGUUCUGCAUGCUUGCAAAUAUGAAGUUAAAUUGUGAUAUGGAGCUACAUGUAAUCUGAAGAGCUGAAUACUAUCCAUAUUUUUUAUCUAUGCUUGAGACAAUUGCUUGCUUCUCAACAUUAUUUCAUUUUGGAAGAGGAGGCUGUGCCCUGCAGUCCAAUCCCUUACCUUUUUGUAUACAAUUCUGAACAGAAAGGGUAACCCUCUCAUAAAACCUCCAUGGAAAAAUGCUACCCUUUUAUGUACAAUGCACAUGUUCAUGCUAACAUUAAUGUUCUUCAACUUUUGAACUCUCUUCCCUUUUAUAAUGUGGAGCCUGAAGAAGGUACUGCCAUGUUUUGAGCGGACCCUUGCCCAUGUACAUGUGUAAUAAGGCCUUCACAGGCCGCAUUACAAAUGUAUAUCCCCCUCUGGGCAAUGUGUUUUUCUGGACCUACCGUUUGGUGAAUAUUUUAAUACCUGAGUCCUGGUGAUUUUUGCUUCCAGGAGUUAUAUUCAAUAAGUGUUGAUUCCUGUCAUGUUGCUUCCUUUCAGCUACUCCUCUACCACCGACACAAUUCUCUGUUCUGCCUAAAAAUACUGGAGGUGUGAGGGUACAAUGGGGCCUUGGUUUCUAUUCUCUUUAUGAUACGGUUGUCAUAGUAAAAUACCAUGCAGAACAUAAGCCGAACAAGGUUUGUAUAACAUUCUAUGUUAUUUUCUUCUAUUUCCUGUGUUUAUUGUUUUAAUGAUUAAUAAAAUAGGCCAUUUCUGAGUUUACUCAAACCCUUUGUUUCAAAAAUUAAUUUAAAAUGAUUUUUUUUUAUUCUCAUCCAAAUAAAACUCAUUUUCACAAGAAAGGUUUUGCACUUAGCCUCAAAUGAAAGGCCCGGAGAUGAUUGAAAAGAAGUGGGGUUAAAUCCAAGGGAAAUGGGACUUAGUUUGAGUACUGUAAUAAUAUAUUUCAUUUGACCGUUCAUGGCAAACUUUAUUUUAGCUACCAGUAUGUGUUUAAACGACGUGUAAGUAAGUAACUUUAUUUAGCCAGGGUAACCCAUUCAGCAACAAGGCUGGCAUACAUAGGGGCCCUGAGAAAAUUAUGUACUGGGGGUAUACAAUUUAAAAGUUCCUUGGAUGCCCGUAAGCACAAUUAAGUGAAUAUAAAUCAACAAUAAUACAAUACAAAUGUAAGUAAUUCAAUAUAAAAAGCGGGUGCUAAGAGAUAAGAAAUUAAAGUUAUAAGGUAAAAUACUUUAUCACGGUAUUUAUGAGUAGACAAUUGAAAUUAAUAGUCCCUGUAUACUUAGAAGUUCUUCUUUUGCGCAUGUUACGUUUAGGCUUUGGUGGGUGCAGGUCGUUGCUUCUCCUAGUUGCGUGAUGGUGCAAAUCUGUAUUCCUUUUAAAAUAUUGUCCGCUGAGAAUUACAAUUACUCAAUUUUCUGGUGGCUUCUGUCUUAAAACGUCAUAAUAAUUCGAAUUUAGAGAGGGGGGACUGUAAUUAGAGAUAGAGGGUGCCUAUAUCCAGUGGGACUUAUAAUCUUAUUUUUAAUUUUGUUCACAACUUGAUGCGCCUAUUACUGGGGGAGGUUAUGUGCCUUGAUGGAAGCAAUUUAUGAUUUUUGCUACAUUCUGUAUUAAUAUUAUUUGUUAUUGUUGCUUGCAGACCAAGGAAGUAAGAAACAGAAACAAAUUAACACUGACAAAGCUGGAGGCAUAUACUAAGUAUUGCUUCUAUGUUGUGCUGCAAACAGUGGGUCCUUAUGGAAAGCUCAGUGCUCCAAGUGAUGCAUUUGGACCAAAAUGUGUCCGGACAUUACCAGGAGGUUAAACUUUAAUAAGUAACUAUUCAAUUAACAAUAUAAUACACAUGCAUAUGUUACUGUAUAUCUACUGUAGUUACUUUCCCGUUUUACCUUAUUCUCUCGCUAGUCAUCGCUAGUACUGAUCUUCACUACUUCGCGAUUUCAAAAACGUCGCAAAGUUUAACACGAGGUAGCCUGUUCCAGGCUCCAAGACUAGAGAGCUUUAGAUUUGAACAAAGUAGUAUGAUUUGUAUUGGCCGCCAUGUUGGAGGGCAUACUCUUGCCCUCCAACAUGGCGGCCAAAACGGAGCGUGUAAUUUGCAGGUUUCAGGUUGCAGGUCGCAGGUUGCAGGUUGCAGGUUGCAGGUCAGAAUUUGGAGUACGCACGAACGGUCAAAUAUCUCUAGUCCCAAGAAAUUGUUUUUUGGGAGUUAGAAUUUGCAUCCGAAGCCCUGUGGAUCAAAAUUUCUCAGCUUCACACUUUUAAAAAUAACAGCGAAUGGUAAAAAAAACAGAUGUGGAAAUUUCCGGUGGUCAAGAUGUAACCUGUAACCUGCACAUUCCACCCUCCGCGGCCAAAACUACUUUUUGCUUGUAUCUUGUUAAACGUUUGAUAGUUACGCUCCGAUGUGCUGAAAACGUUACCACAUCAUCUUUUCAACAAUUUCCUUGAAAUUUAAGUGCAAGACUUCUGUUCAAAAAGAGGUAAUUCAUAAUUUUAAAAAUCCCAUUUUAGUCACGUGACCACCUACGAACUUACUCAUUUUAAGACAAUGGUGCGGGUUUGAAAGAUAUGACCCACUAAUGGUUUUUCGAAGGCAAAAUCAUGUAACUUUCAUUUUCAUUAAAAUGAUGUCACAUGACCUCUUAGUGCAAAUGGCCUAUUCCACAACUUGUUUCCACCACUACGACAUUCUCGUAAAAACUCAUAGUGGAAUGACGACCGCUAUCAGGUUUUCCCGCCAAAAUGACGUUUUCUCAUGCGCUAGCACUACUUAUUAUUGAGAAAGUAGUUGUCCUCGUCUCAGAAUCUAAAGCUCUGUAAUAGUCUAGUAUCGAAAGCAGAUCGAGAAACGUUGCACGAACACAGCGUGUGAGCUGGAGAGAGAAGAAGUAGUGGAGCCUGUAGGCAUUGAUUCCAAUGCCUCAUUCCGGUAUACCCCUUCUGGUAUGUUCUAUGAUAGGUCAAUUGUGACAGUUUACUUUAACACUUCCUUCAAAAAAGGCGAGCAAGUGAAAUACUCCUGCACCGCACCUUUGGACGUUUCGAAAUUUUGACACGAGAAACGGUUUUUUGGAAGUGGGCGGAUGAAGGUAUUUAAAAAGAUGCUUACAGGCUGUCACUGUCCGCCGUUUUUCGCUCGUUCGCUAUUUCACUGCUCGCUCGCUAUUUUAGCUUUUCUGCACUCUGAUCGAGUGCGUGGCACAGGCUAAACAUGCACGUGGGAAAAUUAAAAUCGUGAAAUUUUAUAAAUACUGUAUAAUUGUAUAAUAGUUGCUUUCUUGAAAAAGUGAGUUUUAUUUGCAUGAGAAUGAAACUUUAUCUUCGUAACAAAUACUUUGCACUUACACUCGUUUUGGAAAAUAGACUUGGGUUAUACCGUGUGGCACGAAAUUUUUGCGGAUUGGCGUUUUUUUGUGUUUUGUGGGAACUAAUUGUUGUGAUUAGGACAGAUUGGUUUUUCUUGCUGGGAAUUAAUUUUUGCGGUUUUCAGAAAGUACCCAGUACACAGCAUUGCUAAUAAUGCGUGUACCUUAGUGCCAACCGUUUUUCGAUGGCAUGGGAAAAUGGAAUUCAAAUGCCAUUUACAUUUUUCGUUUUCGCAUGACAUUGAAAAACAGAUUUGAAUUUUGCUUUUUGUUUUGCGUUUUCGCAUCACUUUGAAAAACGGACAUGAAUUUCAUUUUUCGUUUUUCGUUUUCGCUUCACUUUGAAAAACGGAUAAUAAGGUGGCUGAACACAGUUUUGGCAGUUUGUGAGUAUAUGUCAUUUGCUAAAUCAUGGCAAGAGAACCAUUUAUACGAGCAUAUAAGGAGUGUCUUAGCUGAGUCCCGCUUUAUUUAAGUCUCGAACACAUUUUUUGUGCCACUUAUAGGAGAAGUUAACUAGACGCGUCUUAUUUUUCCCCGUUCAAGUGGCCCAAUUGUUUUAUAACUUAUGAUGUAGUAAUUUGUUGUAUCCUGCAAAUGACGACAAGAAAGACACUUUCCGAGGGGGUGAAUGCGCGGGGUGGCCGGGGCUUCAAAUGAUUGUGCAAAAAUGACAAACUAAAUUCAGAUCUGUUUUUCAAAGUGAUAAGAAAACGAGAAACCAAAUUCAAAUCCGAUUUUCAAAGUAAUGCGAAAACGAAAAAGGAAAAACGAACUUCAUAUCCGUUUUUCAAAGUGAUGCGAAAACGAAAAACGAAAACUGAAAUUCAUUUCCGUUUUUCAAAGAGAUGCGAAAACGAAAUACGAAGUUCAAAACCGUUUUUCUAAGUUAGUCGAAAACGAAAAACAAAAAGCAAAAUUCAAUUCUGUUUUUCAAUGUCAUGCGAAAACGAAAAACGGAAAUGGCACUUGAAUUCCCUUUUCCUAUGCCAUCGAAAAACGGUUGGCACUAAGGUACACGCAUUGCUAAUACAUUGAUAAUUCGUUUUUAUUGAGUAUGUGCAAUAGAAAUAGUUUCAAACAAUAAACGGUUAUUUCGUUGAAUACCGUUUUGUUUCUUAAUGAAAGAGAGAAGUUGUGAUUGAACAGAUACGAUUUCUUAGCUUUGUAUUUUUGUGUAGCGAAUUUAAGCUAAAGGAAUAUUUACUCUGAAGAAAAUUUUUGCGGAAAAAAUGUUUGCGGUAAUUUUUAUUUGCGGGAACUUAUUUUUGCGGAUCGCCAGAAAAAUCGCAAGAAUUAGAACCCGCAAAAAUUUCGUUCCACACGGUAUUUGUGCCUCUUGCAAUAUGAUUAUUGAUUCUUCAGUGUGGUCUGAAUUCUUUUUUUAAUUUCUAGAUCCGACCGAUCCACCGGUGGUUCAACGUGCUGAUUCUAUGCCUUUCCCAGACGAUAAAUCCCUGCGAAAUGUGACGGUGGAAUGGACGGUAGGUUGUUUAGUACUUCGUAGUGUAGUGUCGCAGAUAAAAUAACGGGUCUUCAGCUUAGUAGCUAGAUACAGAAGGAGCUCUAAACGACAGGUGAUAUCAAAUUUAUAACAAUUAAAACAGCAAAUGGAAACGUUUCUUGACCAAAAACAGAACAUCGUGGCGUGCAAUUUAGCAUUCUUGCAAAGAGACAAAAGUGCAAACGGUUUUUUUUUUUUUUUCGUUUCUUUAACGUAUCUUCGUACGUCGGUUCGAGUAUGUCUAAAUGUCCCGGGUGCGGGUAAGUGUCGCGGGUAAAAAUAAAUCACCAAAUUUAACCAAAAGAUAAAAUAAACAACUUUUUUAACGAAGACUAGUCAGCAGCGCAAAGGAAGACUUCUUGUAGUUGUAAGCUUUUUCGUUUAUUUCCGACACGUUUCGUCUCUUACUGAGACUUCUUCAGGUAAUGAAUACAACUAAUAAAGAACUGCGUAUAAAACACGUUUUCUGCGUAAGUAAAAAUUCCGAUAGAAGUGAAUAAUAACUUAACUAUGCUGUAAACGGACGUUAUAGGAAACACCUUAAUACAUAUGUUAUUGCGUGUUGUCGUAUUUGGGGGCCCAUGCGAUCAGCGCUAAUCGUAUGGCCCCCAAAAUGCAACGGAACUAUCGACUCCAUCAGUAUAAAGAAUCGAUCGAUCGAAGUAAAACUUGAAAUAUUCUUUCUUUUUGUCACUCUGUGAAAUCAGAACUAUGAAUGAGAGUUUUACCCAAGUGCACUGGUAUUGUUGCCGUGAUCAAGCAGCCAGUAACGUGGGAAAAAUUCGAUUUACCAGGACGGCAAGUUCUUACAACCGCGCCAAAAUUUAGCACUAACGACGAAUGACAACUAUCGAUUCAUACUUUUUGCUGAGGAAGUAAGUACACGCAAGUCUCAUAAAAAAAUCAAAGCUGUAUUUUCGAUGAACCAAAUUAUGUCUUCAUAUAUAUACAUAGAAAACCACUUCUUUUAAGUGGACAUGUCAUAUAAGCUGACACUGCGGACGCUUACACUGAAUAAAGAAGGGGUCAAGAAGGGGAGAGAAAACAUAGGGGGUGGUCAAGAAUGUGGUUCAAGAGGAGGGGAGAUUGUUUUUGUCAAAGAAGUAGCCACCUUUGUAAGAUCUUGCUGGAGGACUUAAUCAUUUCUUUUUGUUUAAUUUUCAAGGGCUCGUUGUUGAAAAACAAAAAACGUUCUAAUUCAAGUAUUAUAUCGUCUUCUUAAAUGUAACAGCUAUUUCUAACUCUUUCAUGUCUAACCUAUCACAGCGCUAAACCCUGGUUUCACUUGCCAUUUUCUGGUCUUGGCCGGGGGGGAGGAUUCUUGACGAAAUUUUGAUUUUUCCAUUACUCGAAAAUGAAGAGAGAAAUGUUCUAGGUAUGGAGGGAACAUUAUUUAAGGCUGACCACUCGCAACAUGGUAAUUAUCAAAAACCAACUGGCAGAUUACGCAUUUAUACCCCUACAAUAAUUUUAGUUGUCUCCGGUUGCAGAAAAAUGAAAAAAAAGAAGUAUUAGAAAAGAAAAAAGAAGUAUUAAUUAAAGUAAGUUUUUCAGUCCGAUGGGGUUUCGGCUGUUUAAAGCGGGCACUGAAUUUUUACAUACCCUUUUCAAUUCACUUCGCUGCUACAUAUAGGUAAUAUAGAGGUCAGCAAAGGGCCAACUAUUGACUUUUGACAAAGUCAUGCAGUCUGCAAAACAGCUACAUAAAAUGACUACUUCAAGUUAAAUUCAAGCUUUGGAGAGAACGUGAACCCGAAAUACUUUUCUUUUUUCUAUCAAAACUUGAACCUCCUCCCUUACAAAUCCCAAACGCAGGUAUCUCGGUUACA